CGUGUCUAAAUCUUCGAGUCCAUGAAAAUCAUCCACAGGCGAGAGAUGAGAUGACGAGUUCAAUCGACCAGUCAGCAGCAUGAGGAAAAUUUCGUCACGAUCGCAAGACUUUCUCUUGCAAGCGCAGCGGAGUAUUUUGGCUGCACUUCCAGCCUGGUCUCGUUGUAUUAUGACACGCGGAAAGUCGCCAAGCACUUACCUCGCAGCACACUGGGCGCUUCGCCCGACACCCAGCUACGUACACAGCAAGCCCAUGCGAUGACCGCCGCGUACCAUCUAAUCGUAUUUUAAGAGGACCUCUUCCAAGGGGCCAGCUCCAGGUGUGGCGCGCGCACGCACGCAGUAGCAGCAGCAUCAAGAGAGGGCAUCAACUUCUCCAAGCUAAGUCACUGCUCGAAUUCUUCGUGAAUUAUGCCACUGGACUCGCCGGCUCGGUCUGAAAUUACGAUCAGUGUAGGGCUCUGUUUGCCGAUAAUGGCCAUGGAGAGCGAGUGGAUCCUGCCGGGCGAUUCGCUCAGCCAGCGCGACGAACACAUCAUCGCCAACGCAGUGCGCUUGCUGGUCGACCGAGGCUGCACUAGUUUUAAUCUCGCUGGCUCGAUGGGGGAUUGCCAGAUACGAAUUGCAUUUGGACUGUGAGGAAGAAGUGCAAUAACAGCGAUCAGAAUUAUUGAACCGGUAGAGGUCUUGUUCAUGAAUACCCGGCGGAAAUUUCUUAACAGUAAUUGUGCGUUUUGUCGAGGUCGGGAUGACACUCCUCCCUCUGCGUUCGACGCUGAGAGCCAAAUUUCUUACAUGUACGCAGAAGUCAACGCCAGAAAUGUGGUUCACAGUCAUCGUUGAAUAUGCAUUAGACCUGAUUUACAUUGUGUUCGGAGUUCGAGACCUACGUCUUUGUCUACUGACAACCACCUAACUAGACUUUGGUUACGGUGAUUGGAUUUAGUCUAGAAGUUUGCAGCAUUACUAGUCGCAAGUAGUAUUAUUUUGAAUACUCCAUCGUG